AUGGAAGAAGAAGGUUGCGAAUGCAGACCCUUGGGUUUCUUGCUUGGACUACCCUUCGCUCUCUUGGCUUUGAUUUUAUCUCUCGUAGGAGCAGUUAUCUGGACUUUUGGGUCUAUAUUGAGUUGUUUAUGCCCUUGUUGCAUUUGCUGUACUGGAUUGGCAAAUUUGGCGGUGAGUCUUGUGAAGCUUCCAAUUAGGGUUCUUAGGUGGUUUACUCAUCAAAUUCCUUGCUAG